AUGCUUACUUGCUUAAUGGCUAGAAGGAUCAGGCUGGAUCCAACACAAGUGGAGCAGCGAGAGGUGGAGCGGCGCCUUCAAGUGAGGCGCUUUGACCCCCUGGGGGGCAAAGGAUCAACACAAGAGGAGCAGCGAGAGGUGGAGCGACGCCUUCAAGUGAGGCGCUUUGACCCCCUGGGGGGCAAAGGAUCAACACACGAGGAGCAGCGGGAGGUGGAGCGGCGCCUUCAAGUGAGGCGCUUUGACCCCCUGGGGGGCAAAGGAUCAACACACGAGGAGCAGCGAGAGGUGGAGCGGCGCCUUCAAGUGAGGUGCUUUGACCCCCUGGGGGGCAAAGGAUCAACACAAGAGGAGCAGCGGGAGGUGGAGCGGCGCCUUCAAGUGAGGCGCUUUGACCCCCUGGGGGGCAAAGGAUCAACACACGAGGAGCAGCAAGAGGUGGAGCGGCGCCUUCAAGUGAGGCGCUUUGACCCCCUGGGGGGCAAAGGAUCAACACAAGAGGAGCAGCAAGAGGUGGAGCGGCGACUUCAAGUGAGGCGCUUUGACCCCCUGGGGGGCAAAGGAUCAACACACGAGGAGCAACGAGAGGUGGAGCGGCGCCUUCAAGUGAGGUGCUUUGACCCCCUGGGGGGCAAAGGAUCAACACAAGAGGAGCAGCGGGAGGUGGAGCGGCGCCUUCAAGUGAGGCGCUUUGACCCCCUGGGGGGCAAAGGAUCAACACACGAGGAGCAGCAAGAGGUGGAGCGGCGCCUUCAAGUGAGGCGCUUUGACCCCCUGGGGGGCAAAGGAUCAACACAAGAGGAGCAGCGGGAGGUGGAGCGGCGCCUUCAAGUGAGGCGCUUUGACCCCCUGGGGGGCAAAGGAUCAACACACGAGGAGCAGCGGGAGGUGGAGCGGCGCCUUCAAGUGAGGCGCUUUGACCCCCUGGGGGGCAAAGGAUCAACACACGAGGAGCUGCGAGAGGUGGAGCGGCGCCUUCAAGUGAGGCGCUUUGACCCCCUGGGGGGCAAAGGAUCAACACAAGAGGAGCAACGAGAGGUGGAGCGGCGCCUUCAAGGAGAAGGAUAA